AUGGACCCUCCCAAGACCAACGACGCCAGCAAGCCCGGCGAGCCGGCGCCUCCACCAUACCAGGCACCUCCUCCCCAAAAUCAACCACCGAACUUUCCUCUCCAGCAACCGUCUCAGGCACACUAUGGCGAUCCGAACCAGCAGUUCAAACCAUACGAGCAAGGCCCGCCUCCGCAGGGCGGCUACUACCAACAAGCACCGCCGAUGGGAUACUAUCAGCAACAAGGUCCCUACGGCCAGCCGGGGCCUUACGGCCAGCCGGGCCCUUACGGCCAACCCGGAUACGGACCCCCGCCUCCCGGUGGUUAUUACCAGCAGCAGCCAUACGGUCACUACCAGGACGAUAGGGGGAGGAAGCCUGGCCUCAUGGAGGACUAUCUGUUACAUGUCCUGAGCGUGGGCGAUGUGGACGACUGGGUUGACCAAACUGAUCCGGUCGAGUCUUGGAUAUCGAGAAGGGUGAAUGCAAAAGGGUCAUUUGCACUCGAAUGCAUGUGGAUGAGUGCGCAUAGUCUGCACCCAUCGUUUCAUGUCUUUCCGCGACUACUGCUCCCUCGUCUGGUCCAGACUUGCCGUGCAGCCUUUGUACUAGCCGCUGAGAUUUUGAUAUCCAACACCAUCAAAUUUGAUCGGCUCGGGCUCCCGGCGGCCGUUUGCGUUUACAAGUCCGCGCAGAUUGUGCAUUGA